CAAAAAACAAAAAGAGAAGACGAGAAAAGAAAUCAGCGCUCACCGGCCAACGAGAAGGGUAGGUGACGAGCGACGCCACUCUCACCGUUCAUCUGAGAGAGAGAACCAGCAGCAAAAAACAAGGCGAUUCGUUGAGAAUCACAAAUGGAGAGGAUUAACGUCACCGUGCGAGCGAGGCCGCACUCACCGGCCGACGAGAAGACAAGCCCUUGGAGAAUCUCCGGCAACUCCAUCUUCAUUCCCAAUAACCCCAACAAAUUCGAAUUUGACCGGAUUUUUGGCGAAGACUGUAAGACUUUCGAGGUCUAUCAAGCUCGCACCAAAGAAAUCGUUGCCUCCGCAGUUCGUGGAUUCAAUGGCACUGUUUUUGCUUACGGGCAAACUAACAGUGGAAAGACUCAUACAAUGCGAGGCUCACCUACUGAACCUGGAAUCAUUCCUCUUGCUGUGCACAAUUUGUUUGAUCUUAUACAGCAGGAUGUGGAUAGAGAGUUUCUUCUGCGAAUGUCCUACAUGGAAAUCUAUAAUGAAGAAAUAAACGAUUUGUUGGUUCCUGAGCACCGAAAACUGCAGAUUCAUGAAAGUUUAGAGCGAGGAAUCUAUGUUGCUGGCUUGCGCGAAGAGAUUGUUGCUUCUUCUGAGCAAGUUCUCGAUCUCAUGGAAUUUGGAGAAUCACAUCGUCAUAUUGGAGAGACAAAUAUGAAUUUGUACAGUAGUAGAUCCCACACUAUUUUCCGCAUGAUAAUCGAAAGUCGGGAUAAAGUUGAAGACGGAAACAUUGGAAAUUCUUGUGAUGCUGUUCGUGUUUCAGUUUUGAAUUUAGUCGACCUGGCUGGUUCAGAGCGUGCUGCAAAAACCGGUGCCGAGGGUAUUCGCCUUAAAGAGGGUUCCCACAUUAAUAAAAGCUUGAUGACACUGGGAACCGUAAUAAAAAAAUUAAGUGAAGGUGCUGAAAGUCAAGGGAGUCAUGUCCCCUAUCGUGACAGUAAACUUACACGCAUCUUGCAACCUGCACUAGGUGGAAAUGCAAACACAGCAAUUAUAUGCAAUAUCACAUUAGCGCAGAUUCAUGCAGAUGAGACAAAAAGUACUCUCCAGUUUGCUAGUAGAGCAUUACGUGUCACGAAUUGUGCUCACGUGAAUGAGAUAUUAACAGAUGCUGCUUUGUUGAAGCGUCAAAAGAGAGAGAUUGAGGAGCUUCGAGCCAAAUUGCAGGGUUCUCAUUCGGAGCAUUUAGAGGAAGAGAUCCUCAGCUUGAGAAAUACAUUAUUAAAGAUUGAACUGGAGAGGGAGCGGAUGGCUUUGGAGUUGGAGGAGGAAAAGAAAGUGCAGUCUGAAUGGGAGAAGAGGGUGCAGCAGCAAGCUAAGAAAAUUGAAAAUUUGAGUUCAAUGGUGCUUUAUUCGACAAGAGAUGAGAACCAGGAUGAAAUGAAAAAGGAUAAGAGACGGGAUACAUGGUGUCCAGGAAAUCUUUCGAGGAAGCCCCUUAAAGAGGUCUAUUCAACCACUCAAUCUAGGGCUUCUGCUGUGAAUCCUGUAAGAUCUGAUCGUGAAAUGGGACCGCUUCUUCCUUUCGAGGAACUGGUGAAUGAUAUUGAAGUUUCCAAGGAGGUAACCUGCAAAAAGGGUGAGAACGAUCAAAAGAAUGUAUUAGAAGGAUGUACUCUUCCAGAUCCCUGUGUGUUAUUGCAUGUUACUAACAGGAGAAAGGUGGCACCAAAGAAGAAAAGCUUACCUGGAGACACUGAUGUAGUUGAUGUCCAAGCAGCAUAUGAAGAUUUGCUGUUGAGGUCUGAAAGUGAGAAAACUAUGAGCGAUAUAAAAAUUGAUUGCUUAACAAGGAAACUUGCUGAGGUCGAUCAGUCGUGGGAUGCAAAUUGUGGUGAUCAUUCUCCAAACUAUCAUGUCAAAAGAGGUGACUGUAAUGGGGACAAACAUAUAAGUUUACGAGAAUCCGAGGCUAUCCUUAUUACCAAGCGACUUCAAGAACGGAUAAAGAUUUUGGAAAUGGAGAAAUCUUCAAGUCAGAAGAAUCUUGAUAAUGUUGUGGAGCUUGCCACAGAGCAAAAUAUAUGCGCUCGGGAAAAGUUUGAAGAGCUAUCUGAAGAGCUUCAUUAUGCACGUGAAGAAGCUAGGGUAGCACGUGAGAAGCUUAUAUGCCCUGAAUCUGAAGAAAAUUUUGACUUGCUGUCAAAACUUUUAGUGGAACUCCAAGAAGUAGUUACAGAAAUUGAAAACUCUAAACAAAUUUCUUCGAGUGUUUCUUCACUCGUCAAUGAUACGUCUCAGUGUUUUUCUGCUGUAUCUGACAUGUUGCAUGAUUUAAAGACUAUGAUCCAUCAAUGUUCUGUGCAACAAAAGUUAGUUAUCAAUGAUCAUGAAGAGUUGAACUCCCAAAUGUUGCAGAAAGUUUCCAAAAUUGAGAAUGAGAAGCUUCUUCUGCAAAGUUACUCAGAUGAUCUCCAGAAGCAGAUAGAGGUACUGAGACAGCAAGCUCAAAAUUGUGAGAAGCUUUCGAUGGCUCUUUCUGAUCAUCAGAAUAUAGAACAAGCUGAAUAUCUUGCUCAGAUCCAAACUCUUCAAAAGGAAAUAACAUGUUUGUCAUCUAGUUCCCUUGCAAGGGAGAAGGAAAGCCUUAGAAAAGAUCUUGAAAAAACAAAAGGAAAGUUGAAAGAGUCUGAAGUUAAGCUUAAGAAUGCUUUGCAGGAGAAAACAAAACUUGAGGGCGAGAAAUCUGUGGCAGAGCGAGAGAUUAAGCGGCUAGUUGGACAAAAUUCUCUUCUUAAGCGUGAUAUCAAUAAACGUGACUCUAUUGCCGGUAGACGGCGUGAUUCAAUUAUUGAAAAGAGUUCCAAGGGGCUUGAUCCAGACAGAGUGAAAUAUGAACAAAUAUUACAGGAAGAUUACAAGAAGUUGGAAGUUUUUGCUUUUGAGUUAGAGGCGAAGACUGCUUCUCUGGAAGAUCAAUUAAUGGCCACAUACAGUGAGAAAGAAGAAGCAAUAUUUAGAAAUGAAGGCUUACUUUCAGAAUUAGAAACUUUAACUGAAAAACUGGGAAUAGCAAACAUACAACUGACUGCUGUACAGGAUGUACCUGAACUUAAACAAAGCUUAGAAGAAGCUACACUUAAACAGAAAAACUUGGAAAGCUCUAUAGGACUUUUGGAAGAACAAAAAGAAGAAUUGGCCAUGCAACUCACGGAAGCCCUUCUGGAUAUGGAGGAGGAAAGAGCAGUAUGGUUAUCGAAGGAGAAAGCCUAUAUUGAAGCAGUAGAAGAGAGAGUAAAAUUACAUGAUUUGAAGGUGACAUCCAUGUCAAAUGAAAUCUCUAAGGUGAUGAAUGAUUUGGAGUCUUGUCGUGAAGAGUGUGAGGUACUUAAACAAAGAUUGAGAUGUUCUGAGGAGAAUGAGAGAAGGGAAAAAGAAUGCAGCAAGGAGAAGUCAUUUAUUAUAGAGAGCCUAAAACAUGAGAAAAAUAGAGCUGAUGUUGAAAAUGAAGCAGCUCAGCAAAAUAUCAGAAACCAGCUUCUUCUUGUGACGAAGGAAAGAGAUAAUUUGAUGAUUCAGAUUCAAGAGCGGCAGAAUUGUUCAAUAGAAGUAGAAUUAAUCAAAAAUAAUACCAGUGAGAUGUUAAAUGAUGCAAAACUUCAAGUGGAAAAUUUGACCAGGAGAAUUUCCAGCUUGGAAGUUAAGAUGCAUGAUGACGAGGUUCAGAAUGGCAAGGAGAAAGCAAAGCUUCGAAUGAGACUACGAGGAACUCAAGCAAAGCUGGAUGCAUUCCGCAUUAGAUAUCAGGAAGCGCUGGAUGAGUCUGAUCUCAUGAAUAGAAAGUUUGAAGAGGCUGCUGGGAAGUUGAAGGACAUGUUGGCUUCUAAAGGAAUUGAGGUUCUCAAUCUUAAGAAGCAACUUGCUUCUGUACAAGGACUGUGAAGGGAAGUACUUAUUCAGGUGUGUGUCCAUAAUAUUAAAUUACGCUAAACUAAAAGUUUAGGUAACAUCAAUGCCUCUUGUUUGUAAAUGUUUCUUUGAUGUACAUGAGCUAAAAGUGAUAAAGGUUAUAACUUUUUUAACCAUUCGAUCUCUCUUCGCAUAUGACGAGAAAUGCUCAAUGAUAGGUUUUCAUUUGUCACUAUCUAGUACUUAAAAGGGGGUCUCAUUUGUUUACCGAUCUCACUGAAGUAUAUGAUUGAUUCGAAGAAUAUGUUAACAUUCAAGCGGUUGUAGAUGAUACACGUACAUUUCUCGUAUCAACAUAUUUUAUGGAUGUGAAGAAUCAUGAU